AUGCCCCCUCAACCCCCCAUCCUCCUCCUCAAAACCAAAUCCUCCCCACACGACGGCUACGAUGACUUCUUCUCCGCGACCGACUACACGCCAGCCUUCAUCCCCGUUCUGGAGCACCGCUUCCACACCGAGAACCUAGCUACCGUACGCAAGCUCUUCGCGUCCGGCGCAUUCGACACAGAUGCCGAUACGCCACCUAGACAUGGACCCGAACCCAAUGGACAUGACAUGAAGUAUGGCGGCAUGAUCUUCACCAGUCAGCGUGCAGUGGAGGGAUUUGCAAAGAUGAUCGAAGAGAACGGCCGUACCUACUCCAAGCAGAGGACCGACGGCCAAAUUGCUCACCUAACUCAUCACCAACCGUCUAUAGUCCCAUCCACGCCAUCCAAACCCCCACUACUCCUCUACACCGUCGGCCCCGCCACCGCCCGCUCCCUCACUACCUUGCGCGACAAAUACCUCCCCACCGCGACGAUUCACGGCGCCGACGCCGGCAACGGCGAGAACCUCGCGCACCUCAUGCUGGACCACUACAAUGGCAUUCACAGCGGGUCCACGAACCCAGCCCUCCUCUUUCUCGUCGGCGAACAGCGUCGCGACAUCAUACCCAAAACGCUAAUGGACCCGGCCCGCCCCGCGCACGAGCGAAUCCCCGUCAACGAGAUCGUCGUCUACGAGACUGGGGAAAUGGACUCGUUCGAGUCUGACUUUGCGGCCGCGGUGCAGAAAUACGAGGGCGUCGAGGCGCUUUGGGUCGUUGUUUUCUCGCCGACGGGCUGUGAGGCGAUGCUCCGCGUUCUUGGGCUCGGUCCGUUCGGAACUGCUGGUGCGGCUGACCGAGGGACGCGGAGGAUCUUUGUUGCGACUAUUGGGCCGACGACGAGGGAUUUCCUGAGGAAGACGUUUGCAUUUGAGGCGGACGUUUGUGCGGAAACGCCUAGUCCUGAAGGUGUGGGGAGAGGGGAUUCGCAGGUUUAUGGAGGCUCGACGGGGGGA